GUUGAUCAUAACGAACUCGAGCUGGGACGGCUCAAAUGCUUGCAUGGCCUUUUCUUUUAUUUAAUCAAAUCCGAUAUGCUGUCCAGAAUUCUACCAUUAUCAUGUAACGCAGAUCCAGAAAUGUGGCACAGUGCCCCAGGACCGGAGGGCAUUCGCGGUCGAGCUAUAAUGGCCAGACGAUUGUCGAUGACAUCGCUGAACUCACUAACUUCCAUCGAUUUAACACCAAAUUACGAGGGUGCGAUAGUGAGAUUUUGUUUUGGAAAUGUUAUUUGUGAAGCACCAGAUAAAAGUAGAUCGUUGCCGAUCGCCGAUAAAAAUCCGUCAUGCAAGCUAGCUGCUGACUUGCUGAACAUGUACCUCAAUAAUAUUGAUACAGAUGUUGUUGUUAAAACUGAUAACGGGGAACUUUUUGCGCAUCGGUAUGUUGCCGAAGACACGGAUGCUCACCGAUACGUGCAGAGCGGUUUGUGGAUGUACUGUCCCGGUGGUGUACCAUGCUGGUACAUUUUCAGUGAUAAUUUAAUUAAUUACUAUGAAAAAGUUGACAUAUGCCGAUUUCUGCUGAUCGGUGAUUGCCGCAAGAAGUUGAUACGGACGCCUUACUUCUUUGGGUGGCAUUAUGCAGUUUUGGUGCUAUUACUGUUCGCCCUUGCGUUUGGUUUCACCGCAGCUGGAUCCCUUGCAAUCAGCAUUUUCCGAGCUAGCAAAGCUCGCCUGCUCACUAUUGUCUUCAACAUUUUCACAUUCUUAUCAUUUUUGUUCCUGUCAGUUGGUUUGGCAGUGUUUGUAAUAAAUGCCGAAAUGCUGGAGUCGCGUUUUCUGAUUGGUAUCAAAAACACUUUUAAAAAAGAAUACGGCUACUCAUUUUAUCUUGCUGGGCUCGCGUGUAUGUUUCUAUUGUUCGGUUUGCUGGCCGGCGCAAUGGCCACCACUUACCUCUUUUUCACGAAAAACGGGCGCAGCUUCGUGGAAGAUGCGCAACUGAAGAGCCGUACCCACGCAUCUACAUGGAAUCCGUUUGCUAGUUUACGGAAACCGAAGGUAACUAAUAAAUGA